CUAUCUUUGAGGACAUCAAACAAACACCCACGUCAACAUACACAUUUCUACCUAAUCUUUCAUAUCCUGUGAAGCAGGGUUGGCAGAGGUCUUAUCUAAGGCACCUUCAACCCGCACAUCCACAGUGCCUCGGCAGUCGUCUCCUCUCCCUCCGCCUGACAGCACGCCGCCACCGCCAUGAUCGACCCCGCGGCCGAGCUGCCCUUCUUCUACGGCAGCAUCAGCCGCUCGGAGGCAGAGGAGCAGCUGAAGCUGGCGGGCAUGGCUGACGGCCUCUUCCUGCUGCGCCAGUGCCUGCGCAGCCUGGGGGGCUACGUGGUGUCGCUGGUCUGGAGCCUGGAGUUCAACCACUACACCGUGGAGAAGCAGAUGAACGGGACCUACUGUAUCCUGGGGGGGAAGCCUCACUGCGGGCCGGCCGAGCUGUGCGAGUACUACAGCAAGGACCCGGACGGGCUGGUGUGCACCCUGAGGAAGCCCUGCCUGCGCUCCCCCGACAUGCCCAUACGCACCGGCGUCUUCGACAGCCUGAAGGACAACAUGCUGAGGGAGUACGUACGCCAGACCUGGAACCUGGAGGGGGAACCCAUGGAGCAGGCGAUCCUCAACCAGGCCCCCCAACUGGAGCGGCUGAUUGCCACCACCGCCCACGAGAAGAUGCCCUGGUUCCACGGCAAAAUCCCUCGCAUCGAGGGCGAGAGGCGACUGUACUCGGGUGCCCAGCCGGACGGCAAGUUCCUAGUGAGGGAGAGAGAAGACGCCGGAACAUUUGCGCUGUCGUUAGUGUACGGAAAAACUGUGUACCACUACCAGAUCCUCCAUGACAAGUCCGGAAAGUUCUCGAUACCAGACGGAACCAAGUUCGACACGGUCUGGCAGCUGGUUGAGUAUCUGAAGAUGAAGCCUGAUGGCCUUGUGGCAGUAUUGAGAGAAGCGUGUCAGAACCGCAACAACACGUCUGAACAGACUCCUGUUGUUCCAGCUGGAAGGCGAUCUAAGCAAAAUGGAUACACACCUCCUCCUGGUGUUACUCUGUCUGCAACCACGGAAACCAGAUCCACGCUUCUGCAGCGUGAGAUGAUGCCCAUGGACUGCAACGAGUUUGCCAACCCUUACCACAACCCCAACGACCUCAAGAAGUUCUACAUCAACCGGUCUCAGCUGAUGAUAGAUGAGGUGGAGCUGGGCUCAGGCAACUUCGGCUGUGUCAAGAAAGGGGUCCUCAUAACGAACGAUAAGGCGCAGAUCGACGUGGCCAUCAAGGUGCUGAAGAGCGAGAACGAGAUGCUGGUGAAGGAUGAGAUGAUGCGGGAGGCGGAGAUCAUGCACCAGCUGAGCAACCCCUACAUCGUGCGCAUGCUGGGCCUGUGCGAGGCCGAGAGCCUGAUGCUCGUCAUGGAGAUGGCCUCCGCGGGGCCCCUCAACAAGUUCCUCUCCGGCAACAAGGACACAGUGAAGAUGGAGGACAUAGUGACCCUGAUGCACCAAGUAUCUAUGGGAAUGAAGUAUUUGGAAGAGAAAAACUUUGUGCACAGAGACCUGGCUGCUCGCAACGUCUUAUUGGUCAACGGCCAGUUUGCCAAGAUUAGUGACUUUGGCCUGUCAAAGGCUUUGGGAGCCGACAACAACUAUUACAAGGCACGUACAGCAGGAAAAUGGCCACUGAAGUGGUACGCUCCAGAAUGUAUGAACUUCCACAAGUUCUCCAGCAAAAGUGACGUGUGGAGCUUCGGGGUAACUAUGUGGGAAGCCUUUUCCUACGGAGGGAAACCGUACAAGAAAAUGAAAGGUCCAGAGGUGAUUGCGUACAUAGCCAAUGGGAAACGUAUGGAUUGUCCACCUGGCUGCCCGGACAGGAUGUACGCUCUGAUGAUGGACUGCUGGACAUACAAGCACGAGGACAGACCAGGCUUCGUGAAGGUGGAGGAGCAGAUGAGGUCUUACCACUACUCCAUAUCCAGCAAGGCCCUGAUGGAGGGCGGAGCCGCUCUCAACUAGACGGGAGGACAACAGACACUCUGUCUCAGCUCAGCACAGAACAUUCCUUCACAGAGACAAAGCUCUUCUUGAACUGCACACUGAGAGCUUCCGCUGCGGGGCUCUUAUAGCCCCCCCGUUCCCCUAGCCCCCCUAGCCCCCCCCCAAGCCUUCUUAUUAAUGUUUGUGUUUGGAGUAAUGUGCCAUAAUUAUACAUGUACAGCUGUUCAGCAAGCAUUCUGUGAUACUUGUAGAAAAGUUAUUCUCAGCAACAAAAAUAAAAUAAAUUGUCAA